CGUCACCAAGAGCUUGGACGAGCUGUACUGCACCUGGAACAACCUGAGCAAGCUCUGGAGCGAGUGCCACAGCAAGCUGGAGGAUUCUCUGAAGGUGGCCCUGCACUACCAGGACACUAUGCAGGGGUUGUUCGAGUGGCUCAAGUCUGCAGAGCUGAGGUCCACUGAGGAGUUCCUGGUUGGAACUGACCUGGAGUCAGUCAGAGAACAGCUGUGUGAUCUGAAGGAGUUUAAGCGGGAGCUGUACCAGAAGAAGAUUGAGAUGGAGAGUCAGAACCAUCGCUUCGUCUGCCGUCUGUCUCCCGGCUCGGAGAGACCGGGCUCCGUGUCACCGCUUUGUGACUUCAGACAGCGCUGGGACGGCCUGGAGGCAGAGACCGUCAGCAGACAG